AUGCUACAAAUACAAGAAGCGAACAGUAGAAGACAGACAGAAGAAAUUAAUAAAAUAAAUGAUAAUAGUCAAAGACAAGCGGAAAGAAUAGGAAAGCGUGUAGACGAAAAUAGUAAACGACAAGAUCUAGGUUUUAAACACAUGAAACAGAGACUAGAAAGGCAUAAAUAUGAGGUACAAAUGUAUUUACAACAGGUGAAAUAUGAAGUAGAGUAG